CCCACUCCCUCACUCCUCACUUCCGCUUCCUCUGUUCUUUUCUGCUCUGCUUCCAAAAAAAGUUAAGAGUAGAGCGAUGGGGAGCUCCUUCAUUACUUCUCUUGUUUUACUCAUUUCUGUUUUCACUCUUGCAGAUUGUGGUUCUGUUGGAGUAAACUAUGGAAGAAUAGCCAACAACCUUCCGUCAGCAACCAAGGUGGUGGAGCUACUAAAAUCCCAUGGUCUAAACCGUGUCAAAGUCUACGACACCGACCCGGCCGUUCUCCAUGCAUUAUCUGGAUCAGGAAUCAAAGUAACCGUCGACCUCCCCAACGAACAACUCUUCGCUGCAGCCAAGAGCACUUCCUUUGCCAACUCUUGGGUCGAAAGAAACGUCGCCGCUUACUACCCUCACACUGAAAUCGAAGCCAUUGCCGUUGGUAACGAAGUCUUCGUGGACCCUCACAACACGACCAAGUUCCUCGUACCCGCCAUGAAGAAUAUCCACGAAGCUUUGGUUAAGUUUAACCUUCACUCAGAUAUUAAAGUCUCUUCCCCCAUUGCCCUUUCCGCUCUCCAAAACUCUUACCCGUCAUCAGCCGGAUCUUUCCGACCUGAACUCAUUGAACCCGUUUUUAAACCCAUGUUGGAUUUCCUUCGUCAAACCGGGUCUUUCCUCAUGGUUAAUGCUUACCCCUUUUUCGCUUACGAAUCAAACACUGACGUCAUCUCGUUGGACUACGCUUUGUUCAGAGAGAAUCCGGGUGUAGUGGAUCCCGGUAACGGUUUGAGGUAUUUUAGUCUUUUCGAUGCUCAAAUCGACGCCGUUUUCGCGGCAAUGUCUGCUUUGAAAUAUGAUGAUAUUAAGUUGGUUGUGACGGAAACGGGUUGGCCAUCAAAGGGAGAUGAAAAUGAGAACGGCGCGAGUAUCGAAAACGCCGCCGCUUAUAACGGAAAUCUUGUCCGUCGGAUCUUGAUCGGUGGUGGGACCCCUUUGAGACCCAAGGCAGAUCUCACCGUUUAUUUGUUUGCCCUUUUUAACGAGAACAAGAAAUUCGGGCCUACAUCGGAGAGAAAUUACGGGCUUUUUUAUCCUAACGAGGAAAAAGUUUACGACAUUCCUUUCACUCUAGAAGGGGUGAAGAACUACCGGGAUAAAAGGUCGCCGGUAGCUGGGAAUCAACAAGGGGCAGCUGCACCCGUUAAUGGUGGAGGAGGGAGCGUGUCGAAGAGCACGACGGGAAACACGUGGUGCGUUGCAAACGGUGAAGCUGGGAAGGCGAAGCUGCAGGCGGCUCUAGAUUACGCAUGUGGUGAAGGAGGUGCUGAUUGCCAUUCGAUCCAGCCAGGUGCCACGUGUUACGAUCCUAACACCAUCCAAGCCCACGCCUCGUUCGCGUUCAACAGUUAUUAUCAAAAGAAAGGGCGGCAGAUGGGAACUUGUUAUUUUGGAGGGGCGGCCUACGUCGUCACCCAACCACCCAAGUAUGGUAAUUGCGAGUUUCCCACGGGAUACUGAAAAGACCAAGCAUAAAGGGCCAAGGGGGAGUAGUUGAAAGAGAUAGUUACUAGUGCUAAUUUGAUUGUAGUUGGUUUUGGUUUUUUUGGAAUUUUUUGGGAGGGGUCUACUGUGAAUUUAGUUGGAUUUGUUAGGCAAAUGUUUGGACUACCUUUGUGUAUAAAUGGAUUCCAAUUGUGUUUCUAGCUCAACCUUAAAUGGGAAUUAUCAGUUGAUUACUACUA